GGCUCCCCCCCACGCCAGCUCCGCUGGUGCCCCUCACUCCCGAUCCGCGGCCCCGCCGCCUGGGGUUCUGUGGAGUCUCAGGCUUGCUGGGCUGAGAACUGUCAUUUAUUCCUGCAGGGCUCUGUUGGGGGCCGGCCUCGCCCAGCCUGGGGGCUCUGCCUGGCAGCCCCCACCCCAAGAGCUGGGAUGCAGCAGGGCGAGCACCUGUCCCUGAGCUUCCUGCCCCCCCAGCAGGUGGCGCUCUACGGGCGCGGCCGGGAUCUCUUCACCUUCAUCACUGUGGCCUCGUCCCAUAUGAUGCGGACGCUGCAGAGACCCCGCAAGAGCCGCACUGGCAAGCGGCGGGUGAACCACCGGCGGUUCCUGCACAACCAGAUCAGCAGGCAAUUCGCUGACAUUGAAGCCUCAAUGCACCGCCUGGCUUCCUCCAUCCUGGCCCAGGAGGCCCCAAGGGACCCCAUGCCCCCCGCAGAACCACGGCGUCCUGGCUCAGAGCCUCCCGACCCAGCUGCCAGCUCCUUCCUGGGCGUGGCCGAGGCCUUUGUGGCCCCGGAACCGGGGCCUGGCUGGGGCCUGAGCAUGACCUCCCUGACCCCUGACCCCAGCGACCUCUUUGACCCCAUCACCAGCCCAGAAGAUCUGGGGCUGCCCCCCCGUUGGACCCCGAUUACCCACAACCCCCUGGAGCCUAGCCAGUGUCCCCUGCCCUGGGACUCCCUGCCCACCCCGGCCACGGAUGGUGCCCCCCUCUGGGCCCCAGAUCCCCCUGGCUACCUCCCCGUCACCCCGGAGUACCCUGUCGGAGUGGCGCCAGGGGGUGGGAGUGAGAUUGGCCACCGACGCCACCACCACUGCAGCGAGCUCAUGGUCCCACGCCAGUCGAAGAACUUGCACUGCCCGGUUCGUGGAGCGGAGCACCUGGUGCCACAGCCCGAGCGCUAG